GCAGCGUGGAUAUGUCGGAUCCGGCGGCUCAGGCCUUGCAACCCCGGCUUCUCCAAGCCCAGUCUACUGGGUCAGCUGGGUCCAGUACUGCUGCGACAGGCUCCGGGCCAGGAAAUAGUGACCCGGCCAGACCGGGACUUAGCCAGCAACAGCGUGCAAGCCAGAAGAAAGCCCAAGUCCGAGCUUUCCCACGGGCGAAAAAGCUUGAGAAACUUGGCGUAUUCUCCGCAUGCAAGGCUAGUGACACAUGCAAGUGCAAUGGAUGGAAAAACCCGAAUCCACCUUCAGCCACACGUAUGGAUCUGCAACAGCAAGCAGCCAGCUUGAGCGAGCCGUGCCGCAGCUGUGGACAUGCUCUGGCUGAUCAUGUGUCCCACUUGGAGAAUGUGUCCGAGGAUGAGAUUAACAGGCUGUUGGGGAUGGUGGUGGAUGUGGAGAACCUUUUUAUGUCUGUGCACAAAGAGGAGGACACUGAUACCAAACAGGUUUACUUCUAUCUGUUCAAGCUGCUGAGGAAAUGCAUCCUGCAGAUGAGCCAGCCUGUUGUAGAGGGAUCCCUUGGAAGUCCACCCUUUGAAAAGCCCAACAUUGAGCAGGGGGUUUUGAAUUUUGUUCAGUACAAGUUCAGCCACCUGGCACCAAAGGAAAGGCAGACCAUGUUUGAACUGUCAAAAAUGUUCCUCUUGUGCCUAAAUUACUGGAAGCUGGAGACACCAACACAGUAUCGCCAGCGCACACAGAAAGACGAUGGGACAGCAUACAAAGUAGACUACACCAGGUGGCUGUGCUACUGCCAUGUCCCCCAGAGUAACGACAGCCUCCCGCGCUAUGAAACCACUCAGGUGUUUGGCCGCAGCUUGCUCAAGUCCAUCUUCACUGUGACCCGACGCCAGCUCCUGGAGAAGUUCAGAGUGGAGAAGGAUAAACUGCUGCCAGAGAAACGCACGCUCAUCCUCACACACUUCCCCAAGUUUCUGUCUAUGCUGGAGGAGGAAAUCUAUGGCGAGAAUUCACCCAUCUGGGAAGCUGACUUCACCAUGCCUGCAUCCGAUGGCACACAGCUAGGACAUCAGACAGUGAUCAGUCCUGCUGCAGUGUCUGGCUCCCCUGCUCUGUCUAAAGGUCUGAGUAGCAUCUCCUCUCUGGGCAGCAUGGACACUGGAGGUGCAGAGCCCAUCACAGGAGAAAAACGUAAACUUCCCGAGGCGUUGACCCUGGAGGAUGCUAAGAGGAUACGUGUGAUGGGAGACAUUCCUAUGGAGCUGGUCAAUGAAGUUAUGAUGACAAUCACUGACCCUGCUGCUAUGCUUGGACCAGAGACUAAUCUGCUGACACCCAAUGCCGCCCGUGAUGAGACUGCCAGGCUGGAGGAGAGGCGGGGCAUAAUAGAGUUCCACGUCAUUGGAAACUCACUGUCCCAGAAGUCCAACAAGAAGAUCCUGAUGUGGCUGGUCGGUCUGCAGAACGUCUUCUCUCAUCAGUUACCUCGCAUGCCCAAAGAGUACAUCACACGACUGGUGUUUGACCCGAAGCACAAGACCCUAGCCCUCAUCAAAGAUGGCCGCGUCAUUGGAGGCAUCUGUUUUAGGAUGUUUCCCACUCAGGGCUUCACAGAGAUCGUCUUCUGUGCUGUCACAUCCAAUGAACAAGUUAAGGGCUACGGUACCCACCUGAUGAACCACCUGAAGGAGUACCACAUCAAACACAACAUCCUCUAUUUUCUCACUUACGCAGACGAAUACGCCAUUGGCUACUUCAAGAAGCAGGGCUUUUCCAAAGACAUCAAAGUGCCGAAGAGUCGAUACCUGGGAUACAUCAAAGACUACGAAGGAGCGACCCUCAUGGAGUGUGAGCUGAACCCGAGAAUCCCCUACACUGAACUCUCUCAUAUCAUUAAAAGACAGAAAGAGAUCAUUAAGAAGCUGAUUGAGAGGAAACAGAGCCAGAUCAGAAAAGUUUACCCAGGCCUCACCUGCUUCAAAGAGGGCGUACGACAGAUCCCCGUAGAGAGCAUUCCAGGCAUAAGAGAGACAGGCUGGAAACCCAGUAACAAGGACAAAGGGAAAGAGGUGAAGGACCCUGACGUGUUAUACAACAUGCUGAAGAACCUCCUGGCCCAGAUAAAGACUCACCCUGAAGCCUGGCCCUUCAUGGAACCAGUGAAGAAAUCAGAGGCUCCAGAUUACUACGAAAUCAUCCGCUUUCCCAUCGACCUGAAGACCAUGACAGAGAGACUGAAGAACAGAUACUAUGUGACCAAGAAGCUUUUUAUUGCUGACCUGCAGCGGAUCAUCACUAACUGUCGCGAGUACAACCCUCCAGACAGUGAGUACUGCAAGUGUGCCAACACCUUGGAGAAGUUCUUCUACUUCAAAUUAAAAGAUGGAGGCCUGAUUGAGAAAUGAACUUGGCCGCAGGAUUAUUUACAGACAAGGAGUGACCGUCACAGCUGCCACACACCGGGAUGAAGCAGAUCACGAGGAAACUAUCGCUAGUUAUUUUUAUGUCUAAGUUAAUACAAGGGUGUGUACAUGACUUAGAAAUUUUCACAAGGGAAUUGGUGGACUUGAACAAACAUGAGUGUUGUUUGGAAAUAUCAGAGCCAGUUGAGCAUCACAGUAUCAAAAUGGCAUUACCUUUCCACUUAAAGUUAUCUUGUCUUUUUCCUCCUCAGUACUCACAGUGAGUUAAUAAUCGUAACAUGUUUCAUUAAGUGUACCAAAGUUAUAGGUCCAAGUUAUAACAAUGCCACUAUUUCCACCAUUAUUUAUAGUAUAAUUCACCUGGUUUUGUCACAUUUAAAGACAUUCAUUCAUUCCAAUUUGCUUAAAACUCGUCACUCGAGCAGAUGUGUAUGUGUUGUGGAGUUCUUUCACAGAAAACUGGACCUCGGGACCUAAAGCCACGUUGCCUUCCGUUACUGACAGACACUUGAACAUCCUGGCCAUUUUCAUGGGUAUAAAGAUAAAUGUUCUUUCAGAGGUGAAGUCCUUGAUUAUGAAAGAUGGGCAGUGCUUUGACUGUUGAUUCAAAGUAGUGCAGUCUACUGAAGUGCAGAAAUGAUUGAAUUAGUCAAUUGGUGAGAAAUUAAUCGAACACAAUUGUUGAAGUUGUUAAAAGGCAAAUACCAUACAUUUGCUUGCUGUAGCGCCUCAUUGGAGGGUUUGUUGUUUUUUCAUUCCAGUGUGUAUUAUCUAGAUUCUUUUUUUUUUUUUUUGACUGUUGGUCAGAAAAAAAAACAAGUAGCCAUUUUUACUUAUUCUAAAUAUGAGUGAUUAUGAAAACCUUCUCAGAAUAAUAAGAAUAAUCAUUGGUUGCAGCCCUACCCCUUACUAGAUAGAGAGACUGCCAGCACUUGUGUGCUAAAUGAAAUAAUUUCCUCAAUUGUUGCCUUCAAGAGAACACUGUUUUCAUGUUGACAACAACAUAAGAUAGUUAUUUAUACAGGAAAUAUGAAAUGUACUGUUUGUACACCAUUUUCCACUGGCAGGGUUUUAUUCCAAACCAUUUAGGAUGAGGUCAUACAUUAGUAUAGCUUUUACCACGCUUGGAGAGGAUGCUGUAGCUGUUGGCGUUGAUUUGUUCAGUAGUACACUCACUUCCACACGUAUGCUAAGUAGUCUAUUUCAUGUACAGCCACAUUUUUGUUGUGGUGUCACAGGUUUACUGGAUAGUAUGUUGUUAAGUCCCAAACAUGGUGGGGGAGAAGCUAACCAGCAGUCCUCACAGGGCUUUAGGAAAAAAAGUUUAACUCUGGUUUAUUUAUCACAACAUACACAAGCUGUAGUAGGUGUUCAUGCAUGACGGACAGUUUACAAUUUGCAUUGAUUAAAAAAAAACAAAAAAACAUCCAACUUUUAGCCUUUGUUGUUGCAGGGUUUUUUAAUACAGUGUUAUAGACAUUGUGAUGAAAAGUUGGAAACCUUUCUCUGUUCACCGUCAGUGUCAAACAGAGUGCUUCCUGAGACGCAUCCACUUCUUUUAUCGGAAGUAACUGUCCAAUGCUGGUUGAGCCUGCUUGUUGAAUUUUUCAUUGACUUGUGUACGUUUGUGUUUGUGUGUGUGUGAGUGGAUGUUUAUUUUGUACUUGAAUCAUGACUAGCUUUGAAUAACUGAAGUGAUGUCAGUGUUGCAUUAUUCAGGGUUGUCAAUUGCGUAUGUGUGUGUGUUCUUCCUCAGUCUACCUAUGCUGCAUUUCAGAUUUUCUUAAAAGGUAAGUCUGAGUGAACUUUUCACCAGUUUGAGGAUGGCUACUGUCUCUAGUUAUGGUAUAAAUGCCAUUUACUGUAACUAUAAUACUGUUCAUGACAAUAAAGUUUUUUAUAAAUGA